CUUCACGUAAAUCUUGCAGUCGGCUCUGGCUUCGGAAGUUGAGGCCCUCUUUCCCUCACAAUUUCAAAAGCAAACGCUACAACAGCUCACAAUUUCUCUCACCUCUCAAAACAAAUCUACCCUUCGAAAAUGUUUGUCUCUAGCAACCAGCUGAUCCGUCCUCGUGUGAUUGCAUCACGGGUGGCAGAGGUGAACAGCAAGCAGCAGAAAGCCACGAAAAAGGUCACGCCUCUCCUGAUUGGAGCCUUUCACCUGAGCACCAGUGGAAUCUUUCAUCCUGACACCAAACUGCUGUCUGUCAUUGGAAGCUUUCCAGCUGUGCUAUUGUGCUCCUCGAUCAUCCUGUUCAAAUCAGAAGAUUUCAGUGGAGUUCCGGUGGGAUACCUCACCCGACUCCUCUUGUUCUUCUUUCAGUUUGAGAUAUUGAACAACCUGAAAACUGUUUGGGCAGGAGCAACGCUUGAUGCCAGGUCAAAAGACAACGCCAUCAUGGAACUUUUCCCAAGAAAGCGCACUAUCACGGCAAUGUGGGCCGCUUGUCUUCUCUCCGUUUCAACAAUGGUGCUAGCAAGCAUCGCCUCUGGCGGGAGCCUCUUUAACGGUGCCCUCAUUGGGUUGAUCACAGUGCACCACUACAUGGAGUUUGACAACAAGGAACUCAACCAAACUCUAAUGAUGUCGGGAAAGUCUCAUUGGGUGAUCAAGAAUCUCGUGGCUGCCUUCGUUGGCUACUGGUUGUUGCCUUGCUGGAUGGCCAGUGUUGAUCCACUAUUUUCUUCUCUUGGACAAUCCAUGCUGCAACGAAGUGCCUUUGCUGUGUUUUAUUGGCAAAAUCAAGAUAUCAAGGACAUCCAGGUUGAUCGCGAAGAGGGCUGCACCACACUGUCCACCAUGCUGGAAGACAAGUUGGGAUACAAGAACGGCCUCCUAGUCAACGCACUCCUGACUGUGACAUCGGGGCUAGGAUUGAUGGUGUACUUGACGCCCGGAGCUGUGACCAUGUCCUCAGCAUCGGUCUGGGUUCUUUGUGCGAUCUCGUUUGUGGCAUCCGGUGCAUGCCAAGUGCACAUGGCCCAAACAACGAGUAUCAUCAGCGAAAAGAAGGCACAAAGAGCUGCAAAACUUGCAUAUGGAUUCAUGGUCUUGUGUGAAGUGUUCACGCUGUUUCUUCUGUGAAGAAAGACGGGAUUAUACUUGAUUCAUACGGCUCGCCAUGUACAAAUAGAACCAACCACU